UGCGAGCUCCAGAUGCAAAGUGGGAACCGCGCUGUCAUUUGGGACUGUCGCCGAUGCUCGAUACAGGAUUGAGGCUUGAGGAGGCUCCGAGGCUCAACGUAGGCAGUUGUGACGUGCUCUUGAUAUCACAACCGACCAUAGACUUGGAAUAACCCAGCUGUGCGUUUGCACCUUUCACCUUGUGAGCGACGCGGCAUGCACAGGAACAAUGGGGAUGGUCAGAGGUUGCGCUGAGGACGCCAGAUGCCAUUCCUCACACAUGUCCUCCCUAACAUACGAAUCCAGGCUCAACGCAGGUUAUUGAUUAUGCUUGCGGGGUUCGAACCGGAGCCAGACGUUUCAGCAGCAGCAGCCGAGAGAGUGCAGCGAGUUGGAUGCUGCGUGGCGACGCGCCCCCUGAAUCCCUAAACUGAAUCUUGUGGACAGUGUUUGAGAGUGUGUGUGCAUAUGUGUGUGCGUGUGUGAGGGGGAGCGUGAAAGUGUGUAUGUUAGCACUUCCACAUGGCCUCCAUGCAGGACGGGGUGAACUUCUCUGCUCAUCCCUAUGGCAAAGUACUGCUGCUGGGGGCCAUCGCCGCCUCCUCAGCCUUCGUUGUCACCAUCCUCAUCGUCGUGCUUUGUGUGGGCUGCCAGAGGAAGGGAAAGACACACAAUGGCCCUGGAGAGGAAAGAAAGCACAGGCUCAUGGACAUGAGUAUACUGCGACAGUCCAAGCUGACCUCCAUCAGUAAGUCAGACACCAAGCUUCAUGAGAUGAACAGACUCAACUGCAAUGGCAAGAAAUCUUCUAAGAAGAACCGUCCCGCCAGCAUGGAUCUGCUCUUACUUCCUAGCCGUCGCUCAAACUCCGACCUGCGUUCUCAGGGCCGCCAGCUGCCUCAGAUCCCCCCUGGUGAGGACGGGGAACACACGUACGCUGAGGUGGGCCGCCGCUCUUCUCCCACACGCGGUACUGAGGAUGCCCGGUAUGGCGUUGGAGGUCGAGCUGGAGAGACGGAUACACCUGCCCCACCGGCGGUCCCUGCUAAUACCCCUGCUCCACCUGACCCGGAUGGGGACUGCUUGGAAGGUGGGAUUCCGGAAACAGAGACCCUCCCCCAAGUGGUAAACAUGCCCCCUCAACCGCAGGAAACAGUGGAGUACGCCUGCAUCAGAAAGGUCCGGAGAGUAGACAAAGCAGCACAGAAGAGAGACAAUGGGACCGAGACCGAAGAGGGGCUUGGACAACAACAACGACACAGCAGUGGGGAAAUUCGGCCUGCUCCGCCCACUCACCCAGCCCCGCCUCUAACUCACCCACACAGUCAGAAAAUUCCUCGGAAAAACAUGGAUGCCUUCAAUCUUCCGUCUUUCCCCAAGGAGGCAGUGUUUAUGGGAAAUGGAGAACAGUACAUAUGGAAACCUCCGGAAGACGAUGACAUCAUCUUCCAGCAGAAACAGAUGUGUAUUCUGAGCUCUCAUGCUGGUGAGAAUAUGGCAGCAUCUGCAGCAGGGAUCACAGAGAUGUAUUCAAAAGUUUGCAAACCAGGCAAAAAGAAGCGAGGAAUGCCUGGCUCACCCACCGCCACGAGGGACAUCAGCGGCUAUAGGACCUUGGCUCGAGGUGACCGCGGUGAGCGUGACGGGGGUUUCAGCGUGGUAGUUAAACCCCAAACAUGGGCCCCGCAGGAGGGCAAAGGGACAAGAGCUCCAACCAGCGCCAUGGAGGACCACUGCUACGAAGCCAUCAGCACUGAGGAAACAGAACUGGCUUACGAGACCAUGGAGAGUGGUGGAGGCUGGAGGCGUGACAGGCCUCCACCCAAUGCCAGUGCCACCUUGCGUCCCAAGCGGAAGCGGCCCCAGCAACCUUUGCAACAACCACCGCCACCCCCUCCACCCCCCCAGCAGACCCCCAAACUGCAGCAUCUCCCAGCCAAAACAAUGCUGAUUCCCGGGGAGAGCUUGUACGAAAGCAUCCCUGACCUGAAGCAAGGCUCGGCCACCUCCAGCACAACCACCAUCUUUACUUUUAAUGAUGGCAUGGAGAUGUAUGUCACUGGCCUGUAGGGGGUGCUCUGGGGAAGGGAACUUUCAUCUCUGGGGCUUGAAUCUUGAAUUGGGACACUUAUGUGUGUUGUAACCCAAUGGGAUACACGCAUUGCGCCACUGCUAUAUAUUUUAGAUGGGUUUCAAGUAUUAGUUGAGCAUUAAUUGAGUUUUGUAAGUCUAGUAAAAGGUCAGUAUUCUUGCAGCACAAAAUGACAGAAUGCUUACGUGAAAAUCCAAACAAAAUGAUUUCGAUUAUUCUCACGCCUCCAUUACAAAGAAGAAAAAUAGUCACCAGCCACAACAUAUCAUAACGGACACAACAUAUCAUAACCGACAGUAGCAUUCCUGUAGAGAAAAAUCUUAUUUAUUUUGUCAUUACAUGCUGUAGUUAAAAACAAAGUGACCAUUGGAAUUGAGGGUCAAACUUGUAUUUGAUGCCUAAAAAAUCCCAAAGUAGAAAAAAAUGUCUAUAACAAAAGUAACUUGAUAAGAAGCACAGUUUUAUUGUGUUCCCGUGGUCUUCUGAGAAGGAAAACAAAUAAUUUGGUUAGAUGGCAAAGUAUCAUCAAAAGUUAUUGCCAAGCAAAAUAUCAUAUAUUGACAAAAAUGCUUUAUUUAAUCUGUUCAUAGAAGAGUCUUAUUUAAAAAUUGCAAGCGCUAUUUCCUGAAAACUUUAGGAAACACGUGGUCCUAUUUUUGUAAUGUCACAGCCUCUAUUUAUGUAAAAUAAUUUACUUUAGAGCUAAAAUGAAGAUUCUAAUUCAAUUGGUCAAACAGAUCCUGUAUGCCAAAAAAGUAUUUUCUUAAGCACAAAUAUCUCAGGCUUAGCAUGUCAUCUGUCUGAGACAGUGCCCUUAUAAAACUGAAGAGUAGAUUUAAAAUCUGUUAAAAGUAAUAGAUUGUAAAUUGCAAUUGUCAAUAAAGCAAGAUCAUGGAGAGAAUAAGCAAAAGCUCAGGGACAGUGAACAAAAAUAUUAAAUAAUUGCACACAAAAUGGUAUGACAUGUCUCACAAGAGACCCCCGAUGUCUUUAUGUUAUUUUCUUGUUUUGGUCAUACAUCAAUUCAAACUGUCACAUAAGUCACCACAGCACUUCAAUGCGGUAAAGUAAGUGUUUUUCUUUGUCGAUACUGUUAAUGCACUUUGCCUGAUUAAAAAGAUGCAUGCUUUCAAGAAAAAAAUACCCUUGUAAAAGGAUAAAAAAAAGGAAAGAAAGAAAAGUGAAACUAGCACUGUCCUGUGGUGUCAGAGAAUGGUUUAUUUCUUGCUGUUGUUGGUGGAUUGUUUGAUUUAUAUGCCAAAUUCAUCUGAGAAAGAGCACAAAGUGAAUUGCUUCAGGACUGGGGCGACCAAUGAAGACUCGAGGAGGACUCUCUAAAUAAAAAAACUGGACAGUUAGGAAUAUAACACAGUUGGUCAGAAGAAAUGUAUCAUAGACAAUCCCUUUCCCCCAUCAUUUCAGAAACAGUCAGGAUGUCCAUGUAUGUCCAGAUCAGAUUGAAUGGAAUCACAUACAUUAGAUUGUUGCAAAAAUCUCCUGUAUGUUAUAUGAAAAUAAUGGGAGAUUAAAAAGAUACAAUGACUAAGUGAUUUAAAAUGAGUGUAUGUUGCCCUGUAAGUCUAUUGGAGUUGGCAGUUAAUGGCCAGAUAGUGACAAGUUUCACCAGUGGACAAUGUUAAACUAUCUGUGACAUGUGGACUUUAGCCGCUGUCUCUUGAUGUCUCUGAAUCGGAUUCUAAUGUGAUCUGGAUUAAAUUAUCCCAAAUGACUGGAGCGCACAUAAAGGGGCUCAGGUCAGCCAAAUAUAAUCAAACUGCUUGUCGAAGCCCUUGUUGCUAUCAAACAUUGGUGCAAUGUUGUAAAUAUAAUACAAGAAGAAUUACAGAAGAACAUGCAUAAAAGGGGGGAGGGAAUUUGAACUUGGUGUUCCUGAAAGUAUUUGUUUCUUUCCCGUUGUCCUUUUGGAAUGAUUUUUCUCUGGUGAAAAAUUAUCUCAGCAGUAUCUCUGUGAGUUUUGAUUAUGUGCUUUGGGAUUUUUUUGUUUUCCACAUCAUUUUAGCUAUACUGUGUAUCUCAAAGACCAGUUGAGUUUAGUGUGGCAGCUAAUGUUGUGCGUUUGCUUAUCAAACAACAGGGUGGUGUGUGUAUUAAAGCUGUGUAAUUAAGUA